CAGCGCCGAGGGACCGGUCGACACCAGCCUCUGCAACAAAAUACCAAAUCCGAACUCGCGUUGGUCAAAGAUCAAUCAUUGCACCAGAGAAAUCCUCUGGAAACAUUAUUGGACGAAUUUUCUAGUUACUGGAGUUACCAUGGACCCCGAGAGAGGUGUAGGCGUCGACGAGGUCGACCUCAAGGCCUCGCGCAAAGAGUCCAAGGCCUCCCGCAAGCAGGCUACGCGCGUGGCGCGCGCGGCCGCCCGGAAAGAGAAGAAACAGGUCAAGGCGGAGGUGAAGCGAGAGCGCAAAGCCAAUAUGAAGCGGGCGUCCCAGUGGUCGGGCGAGCACAAGGAAGGCGGCAAGCCCAAGAAUAAGACCAUCGCCGCGACCCCAGAUACCAAGGAGAAGCAGGUCAAGCGGCUGCACCGGAGGGCCGACAAGCUCGAGGCGAAGGCGGCCGAGCUGGUAGAGAACGCCAAGAAGGCUAGGGCGCAGGCGGCGUCUCUGGCGAAGCAGAUCAAGGAUGUCCCUGCUCCCGCGAAAGAGGACACAUCGAGCGACUCUGACAGCUCCAGCUCCGACGAAUCCGAGGAUGAGAAACCCGCUGAGAAACCCGCUGAGAAGAAGACCAAAGAAGAAUCAGACUCAAGCUCCGAAGACACGUCCUCCGACGAAGAAUCAGAAGAGGAAGAGAAGCCCAAAGCGAAGUCGAAGAAAAGCAAAAAGGCGGAUGCCAUGGAGGUUGACAAGGAGGAGCCCAAGGACCUGAAGAAGCGGAAACGCAACGAGACGAGCGAAGCGUCAACGGAGCAGAGCGAGAAGAAGGCCAGAAAGAACAAGAAGGAGGCUGAGGUGACGAGCCAGAAAGCCGCUGGAGGCGAGCAGUGGAACGUCCAGGCCCUCGACGGUGGCGCCCAGAGACAGGCGAAGUUCCUCAAGCUCCUCGGAGGAGGCAAGAAGGGCGGUGAUGAUGCGGCCACAGUGGAGUCCAGCGCGUCCAAAUCCAAGGCCGAGAUUGCUCGCAUGCAGUCUAGCCUCGAGAAGCAGUUCAAUGCAGGCAUGCAGGCCAAAGAAGCCGGCGUCAGUCGCCGGAGGGGACUUGGGGCUUGAAGUCAGUGUUGCGAAAGAGCACCGCUAAGUCAGCAACACAGUAUGGACGCAACUAGCGCGGCUUGUUCUCAGCCGUGGAGUGGAUGACCCAAUUCACACCAUUAUUUGACUAGAAACCAAAG